CUCAAUUUCAUUCACAGCAGAGCAUGUGUUUCAUAGUCUUUCUAAGUUUUUGAGUCUAAGUCCUAUCUUCUAUCGCCUGGUAUCACCAUGACUCCUAUGUUUGUUUUGUUCUCCGUUCUUAUUGCGCUCAUUUCGUCCCCGGCUCUCCGGACAUACAAGAAUUAUCAAAAGGCACGCACUAUUGGCCUACCGAUCGUCUUCAGUCCUUUCACAACGCUAUCUCCUAUCUGGGCACUCUUUGGCCCCCGUCUUGGACCGAUAUGUAUGCGUCUUCCCUUCGGAUUGGGGGAUUUCGUUCGGCACAGUGGCUUUUCUUUCUUCUGGCACGAUCGUUAUCGGAUGCAUGAGCAAUAUGGUCCAGCUCUAUGUGUCGUGACUCCAGGAGAUGUUCAAGUUAUCAUUGCAGACGGCGCAGCUGCUGACGAUAUGCUUGCUCGACGAAGAGACUUCAUCAAAUGCCCUGCUAUGUAUCAGCCUUUGGAACUGUUUGGACCUAACGUCGAUACAGUGAAUGGGGAGGCAUGGCAGCGUCAUCGAAGGUUGACAACCCCGCCGUUUAAUGAGAGAAAUAGCAGUUUCGUGUGGAAAGAGAGUCUGACACAAGCAAGUGGCAUGCUGAAGACAUGGAUCAAAGCAGGGAAGGAAGGUGUCGUCCAGACGCCGAACUACACUCUUACCCUGGCCCUUCAUGUUCUGACUGCCGCUGGAUUUGGUAAAUCCUAUGACUUCGAUGCAGGUCUGGCCAUGCCAGCCGAUGGGCAUACAUUGUCAUAUCGAGAUGCGCUACGAGAGGUGUUGAAGAACCUGUUUGUCUCGAUUAUCAUCACUUCCGUUACUCUUCCUUCAGUCAUGCUGUCGAAGAGUAUGAAGGAUGUAAAAACAGCAAUCGCAGAGUUCAAGCAGUACAUGGUAGAGAUGGUGGAGGAAGAAAAAUCGCUCGUACAUGAAAAAGAGGCCGAGAAGGAUAAUUUGAUGAGUGUCCUUGUCAGAGCAUCGGAGGCUGAGGCAGGUGGAAGAAACGGGUUGACCAACGAGGAAAUAUACGGCAAUCUCUUCAUCUACAACCUCGCUGGGCACGAUACCACAGCUCAUACUCUAGCGUAUGCUAUCACGCUCAUGGCUGCUCACCCCAAUUUGCAAACCUGGAUCAGAGAGGAAUUGGACUUUGUCUUCGGCGGAGAAGAUGCUGUUGGAGAUGAAGAUUACGAAAAGGCAUUUCCACGACUGAAGAGAUGCUUGGCACUGAUGUACGAGACGCUCCGUCUGUAUGGCCCAAUCGUAGUGGUUCCCAAGUACGUGGGAGACGCACCUACCAAGGUCAAGAUUGCUGGCAAAGAAUACACUAUCCCAGCUGAAACACAUGCCCCCAUCAAUGUUGCUGCCCUCAAUACUCUUCCCAUGUAUUGGGGCCAUGACUCACUUAUCUUCCGACCUGAUCGAUGGAUCGACAAUCCAAAUCCAACCGAUUUAUCAACCGAAGAACAUUUCCAACCCGCACCUGGCGUAUUCGUACCGUGGGCAGCGGGACCUCGAAUUUGUCCUGGCAAGAAGUUCGCUCAAGUUGAAUUCGUUGCUGUGAUCUCGAAAAUUUUCAGAAAGCAUAAGGUCGGCCCAGUUCUGCUUCAAGGAGAAACUUUCGAGGAUGCAAAGAAGAGGAUUUAUGAAGUGGUGGAAGAUUCUCAUAUGGUGAUUACGUUGCAGAUGAAGCAUCCAGAGAAGGUUAACCUAGUCUGGGAAGAAAUUGUAUGAUAUGAACCAGCGGAGGUCUCACUUGUAACAUUCCAAACUCAGCACUUUGCUUGAAACAACGAAUUGAUGUUACCAUGCGC